AUGAUUCGAGCUUUAUUCGCCGUUGCGUCCACUAUCCACCACCUUCAGCAUCGCACUGCAUUCCUCGCCAUUCCUAAUUUCGUCAUUAAUUCGACUUAUGCCGUCAGCCUUAUUGAUCCGCUCCUUUCGGGCGCUGGGCUGCACGGCUUCCAAUCUAGGCGGCGGGAUGAGUCCAGAGCGGCCCUCCUCGGCUUGUACCAGCUCCAACACUGUUAUAGAAUCCACGUCAAUGAAACGCAUCAGAUUCCUGACAUCGAGUGCGAGAAGUAUAACGGUCGCCUCAUCCACUCGUUCCUCAGCAUCCAACUUGAUGCAAGUUACUUUGGCCUCCAACAAAUGUACCGCAAUGACGGACUGAUCGCCAUCUCUGAAAAUAUGACAGAAGAUCACUUCGAUCGUGGUACUAACUCUCUAAAUGCUCAAGAUCCUGAUCAUUAUUGGAGCUGGGUCAAAGACCCUCAUUCGAGAGGUUUUCGCCACAACGACAAGAUCAAGGCAGAGGAAUACCUCCGUACUGCAGAGGAGCACGCCUACGCUGCCUCCAAGGGCGCUGCGCAAAUCGCCAAGACGGGUAUGUGGACGAAUUUCGAACACUGCAUUCCCAGAUAUGGCUGUCCUCUCAGCGAACACGCUCCGCCGGAAUUUCAAUGGCGCCAAGCAGAGCAGGAGCCGCGAGAAGAGUGCAGAGAAGAACUUUGA